UGAAAAUCCAGUCGUUCUUCGCAAUGGUGUAAAUGUCUAAUACUCAUACCGAUGUGCUCCUGGCUGGAGCCUUCGCAGCUUUCACCGUCGACCUCCUAGUUUAUCCCUUAGAUACCUUAAAGACUCGAUUUCAAAGUCCAGACUACAAGAAAAUCUACUACGAUGCAUCAAAAAAUGCAGUUAACCGGAAGUUGCUCUUUCGUGGUCUUUACCAAGGAGUUGGAAGUGUGAUCCUUAUCACUAUACCCUCAUCUGGAGCAUUCUUUACCACCUAUGAGGCUGUAAAAUCCGGACUCUCGAAAGCCAAUCCCACUUACGGUGGCUCUCCAUUGAUCCCCCAGCCAUUCAUUCAUAGUGCGGCAUCAGCUACAGCAGAGCUCGUAUCUUGCUUCAUCUUGACCCCAGCCGAAGUACUGAAGCAAAAUGCUCAGAUGAUACGUCGACCGGCUGAAUCUUCUUCGAAAACAUCAACGGCAUUCCAACCAUCUGUCACUAUUCAGGCUUUGAAGCAAUUCAAACAUCCUUCUCAACUGUGGAGAGGAUAUACUGCGUUGGCAGCUAGGAACCUUCCUUUCACCGCUAUGCAGUUUCCAAUGUUUGAACAUCUCAAAGAAAGCAUAAAACAGUAUCGCCAGAAGAGUGGAACGUAUACCGGAAGCUUGAUGGAGACGGCGUUAAUGACUGCAGUCAGUGCUGGGAGUGCCGGAUCCCUAGCUGCUGUGAUCACCACUCCAGUGGAUGUAGUGAAGACUCGGAUCAUGCUUUCAGCUACUGGUGAAGCUUCAGAAGCGGAAGCAAAAAAGGAAAUAGCAAGGGCAAGGAAAGAAGGGCAUUCAAUUGAGAAACUUGCUAAUAGGAAGGGGGUUACAAGGAAGAGUGGACUGACAGUCGCAAAAGAGGUAUUGGCUGAAAGUGGUGUAAAAGGGUUGUUUAGAGGAGGGACAUUGAGAGCAGCUUGGACUGCCCUGGGUAGUGGUCUUUAUCUGGGGGUGUAUGAUAGUGGACGAGUCUGGCUAGGUGGUCAACACAAGCAUGACGACUUAUCAAUGUAAUUCAAGGAGGGACUAGGUAAAGCUUGAGAGGCAUUGAAUGAAGAUAGAAAAAGACUAAAUAAGAAUGGAGACGGAUUGAACGAAGAC